CAGAACCCUACCCACCCAGCCCCUAGUAAGUAGGCAUAUGGAUAUGAUAAGGGGCGCUGCAGAGUGCAGAGUGAUCAGAGGCCACAGAAGUGUACAGCCCAGAAAGUUCAGAUUUAUUUCUUUUUUAUUUUCCACCCUUAUUAUUAUUAUACCUUAAUUUUUUUUUUUUCCCUUCUGCAACGUAACUCCAUCUUCGACUAAUCAAAUCCCCCACCAUGAAAACUCCACUCCACCACCCCCGUUUCCCCCCUUUUUUCACCCAAUCCCCCCUCUCUCCUCCUAAAACCUAAUUUUGUUUUUUCAAGUAUAUAUAAAUCGUCACAGUGUUCUCAUUUCUCUCUCCUCUCUCUCUCUCUCUCUCUCUCUCUCUCUCUCACACCACUUGUGUGUGUUGUGUGUGGGUGGUUAUGUGAACGCUGUUGGUUAUAUAAUUAAUUGAUUUCAGUUUCUGAUCGUUAAUUCGUUCAAUUCGGCCUGCGAAAUUGGGGAAAACGAAAAAUGGAGAAUUAUCAAGGGUACGAAAGGCAGGAAGCUUUGCCGCCGGGUUUCCGAUUCCACCCGACCGACGAAGAACUCAUCACCUACUACCUGCUGAAGAAGGUUCUCGACUGCAAUUUCACCAGCAGAGCCAUCGCCGAAGUUGAUCUCAACAAGUGCGAGCCAUGGCACCUUCCAGGGAAAGCAAAGAUGGGGGAGAAAGAAUGGUACUUUUUCAGCCUGCGAGACCGGAAAUACCCGACCGGGUUGAGGACGAACCGGGCCACGGAAGCCGGGUACUGGAAAGCCACCGGAAAAGACCGGGAGAUUUACAGCUCAAAAACAUGCUCACUGGUAGGGAUGAAGAAAACCCUAGUUUUCUACAGAGGUAGAGCCCCCAAAGGAGAGAAAAGCAACUGGGUUAUGCACGAGUACCGCCUCGAGGGCAAGUUUGCUUACCACUACUUGUCCAGAAAUUCCAAGGGUGAGUGGGUUAUUUCCCGAGUGUUUCAGAAGAGUGGAGCCGGGAGCACCUCCGCCGCAGGCGGUGGCGGCGGCAAGAAGAGAUUUUCCGGCGGAAUGACCAGCAACCAUGAGGUCAGCUCUCCGUCUUCGGUCUCCCUUCCAACACUCCUUGAGCCGUCGACCGACCGCGAUAGCUGCUCCUACGACAGCAGCAAUAUGGCCAACGCCGCCAAGGAGCACGUGUCCUGUUUCUCCACGAACGCACCACCCAGUUUCAACCACAACUGUCUCUUCGAGCCUCCGGUGCCGCCGCUGCCCAACCUGAUGCACCACGACCCAUCGUCGCUAUCUUCCGCAUCCCGUUUCCAUGGCCACAGCUUGGGAGUGUCUGCUUUUCCGAGCCUGAGGUCGCUCCAGGAGAACCUACAGCUGCCGUUCUUUUUCUCCGCUGUUGCUCCUCCUCUGCCCAUGCACGGUGGCGGCGGCGGCGGUGAUCACAUGUCUGGGUACGGCUCCGUCGGCCAGUGGCCGCCUGUGCAGGAGAAUCAGAAAAUGGGUGCCACGGAGCUCGACUGCAUGUGGGGUUUCUAAUCUCAAAAGCCGCUAUUAAUUAAAUUUUCUUUAUCCAAAUGAUCAAAUAUUAUGUGUGAUCUUUCUUUGUUCUUCCUCCUAAUUUAGCUACGCUGUGGAAUGUUUGUACCUUUGCUUAUGCAUGAACUCGUAGUACCUUUAUUACCCUAAUGUUUUCUAUUAACGUUGACGAUCGGCCUGCUAUGUUAGUUUAAGUUGUUUUAUUAUCGUGAUUUAUAAUCACCGACUUUAGCUUAAGAAUUUGUGAUGGCAAAUUAUUGUGUGUUAAU